CCGAGGGUAUGGAGAUGUGAUAGGGAGAGAGUCACGGGUGGAAGAAACGAGGGUGGUGCUCGGAGUUGAAACGAGCUGCGACGACACGGGAGUGGCGGUAAUGAGAGGGAUCGGGCGGCUGCUGGGACACUGCUUGCACUCUCAGACGCCAGUCCACAAGACGUGAGAGCACGCGUCGUUCAUCUUAGCGCAUGCGGUAGCAUCACAACUUGCGCAUGUGCGUAGAUGGGCAAGACAACUAUGUUUUACUUCAGCACAGGUGGGAUUGUACCGAUGGUGGCGGCUGAUCUGCACAGACACAACCUCCAGAGGGUGACCGACACCGCGCUAAGAGAGAGUGGGCUCCAUUUGGAAGACGUCGACGUCGUUGCCGUUACCGUGGGACCGGGCCUGGCGCUGUGUCUGCAGGCAGGGCUGGAGUUUGUCAAGUCUCUGGCAAAGACUCAUAAUAAGCCAGUGAUGCCAGUUCAUCAUAUGGCAGCUCAUGCUCUAAUGCCCAGAAUGGAACAAGAGUUAGUAAUAUGCUCGUUAUGUGUCCUAUUCCCAUACUCCAUUCUCCCAGUAUUCCGUUCCCAUACCUGGUUCUGUUGGUGUCUGGAGGCCACUGUAUCUUGGCCGUAGCUCACUCGUCAGACCAGUUUAGCAGGUUGGGGCAGACCAGAGACGAUUCGCCAGGCGAGGCCUUCGACAAACUAGCACGAUGGCUAGGUCUGGACACUCAUCCGGAUGUGGGGCAGAAAGUAGGCGGAGCUGCAGUUGAGCUGCUGGCUCGGAAAGGUGAUCCAACUCGCUACCCCUUCCCACCGAUCAUGGCUCGAAGAAAGUGUUGCAAUUUCUCGUUUUCUGGGCUCAAGACUUCG